CCAAAACAUGCAAUCAAACACAACGAUUCAAUUCUGCGGUAGCUUUAAUGUUUCGCAAAUAUUUCUCUAACCAGGUGCCGCCAUAUUGUACAGUGAAGGGAAUUAAACAAUCGUCGUAAAAUGGCCAAGGUUUCUCCUCGAAGAAAGAACGACAACUUGAACGAGUUUAAGGCGAUCAUCGCCGAGGUGGAAGCCUUGCAGAGGGAAAAUACGGAGCUACGGGCACAGCUGGAAGAAUUUACCCGCCAAGCCAAAAAGGUGAUCGAAGGGAAGGAGAAUGGGGCCGAACUCGACGGAACGUCACCCGUCAUUCUAGCCGACGAGGGCACGAAGGUGACCGACGGAGACACGAAGGUGACCGACGGGGAUACGAAGGUGACGGACGGGGACACGAAGGUGACCAACGGGGAAACGAAGGUGACCGAUGAGGACGAGAAGGUGAUCGACGCUGAAGACGAAGAAAAGCUUCAGGAGAAGGUGGAUAAGAUGACCGAAGAGAACAAACUGUUGAAGAUUUUGUUACACGAGGGGUCUAACCUGGUAACAGACUUCAGGAAACUCCUUGAGGAGAACAAACAGCUUAAGGGUAGCAUGAAAUACUAAGGAGAGUCAGACCGAUAUUACCAUGGUAACUAAUCAGACAUUAAAGUUUAUGGGUGUUAUUGAAAAUAUGAUUAUUAGAAUAUUAAGUCACACAUGAAAUAUAAAAGGACGAAUAUGUUAAAACAUUCAAGAUACUUAAAAAAAUGAAUUGUAUACAACCACUACGUCAUUCAGGACUGUAGCGUGGAGUCUUGAAUCACUUAGAGAUGAACCAUUUAUAUUUGAACAAGUAUUGAACAUUUUACCUUAUAACUUACUAGUAGCAAGGAAUGUGGAGAGGAUGGCACUCCAUGAAGCCGUCUGUUUAUUUGUUUGGGUAAUAAUAUUUACCGUGUAUCCUUUAUCAUACAUCGCAUAAGCACUUCUAUCCGCUCAUUGCAGGAUGUUAGGUUGAAUUUAUAUCCACAAAUUUAUCUCUUAGCACAACACAAUCGAAAAAGACCAGUUGUAGGACAUCAUGGCAGUCUUGCCGCAAAAUGACUGUUGUUUACAUCGCGUGGAAGCAAACUGUCGUAAAUGUCAAAUGUCAUAAAUAACGAGUGCUUGAUGGGUGAGGGUGCCUCCUUACUUGAUGUUAUCCCGGGGUGGUGUAAGGCAGUGAUUUACAGGGAACGAUGAAAGGGGUGGAGAAAAAAAUGUGCUUUCAACAACAAGCACCCCUCAUCAAUCAUGCACGCCGCCUGUCGCCCUCGGCCAAACAUUGCACCCAUGGAAUGCUGCCCUGCAGGCUGACGCUGCGCACGUAUGUUACAAUCUGGUCACAAUGUUCUGCGUUUUUUUUAACAUUCCGCUUUGUAUCCGCGCCCUAUCACCGCGUUGUGACAAGAAUUUAACCCAAUGUUUGUCAGGAGACAAAUCUUUUCUUUUAGAGGAGAGACAGAGGAAUAUGUAUCUCUCGUCCCGCCAAGGCAGUCACCCGUAUAAAGAGGCGACUGUUGUCAUCAGUCUUUUGUUCUCUGGCGCAUCUCUCAGCCCAGGUGACCGCAGCACCGGGGGCGAUGACACCUGGGGGUCACCAGGGGUCAGAGGUUGAACAAAGGCUGUAAAGCCGGUUUGGGACGUGACAGGACAGCAGAGUAGGGGACUUCUGCAGAAAAACAACGUUCGAAAGGUCACUGUGUGGGAGACAGACUGUUACUUUAAUAUUGGGUGACAUUUGAAGGUUCUGC